AUGUCUAACCUUCACUCGAGACUCGUCCAAGACCCCCCUCCCCCCCUUUCCCAAUUCUUUGCCUCAGUCUUGACCGAUGUACAUUUACUGGCCAUCCGUAGCACCCACAACGGUCGGGCUGCGACGCAAUCUGAACAGCACAGCCGUGCACGCCCCCUCCGCUUGGAGUGUAACUUCCGGGUCAAAGGAGCGGCUAGCAUUCUCGUCGGAUCCCUCCUCGAGAUCGUGCUGUUCGGCGUCUUGAUCGUCCAAAUGCACGACUACCACAGGCGCUUCCCCCGGGAUCGCACCGUGCUCAAGCUCGCAGCUUGGGGCGCAUUCCUCGGGUCCGGCGUGCUCACUAUCGCGAUCUCCGUAGACUUGUGGGAGCGGGUGACCGACCUGACGUUGAUACCCACUCUCGCAGACAUGACGCCCAGCACCAAAGCCGCGCACGCCAUGAUCGCUAUCCUCGGCUUCACAUCGCAGCUAUUCUUCGCGUGGCGCAUCUUCCAGCUCUGCCACAAAUGGUGGCUCCUCCUCCUCACGUGCUCGCUUUCCGUCCCUGCGUUCGUGUGCUUGCUGCUCGCGGAUAUACAGCCCGGUAUCGCUGACGCGAGUUCCCGCUCGCUCGGGACCAUCGUGACCCCCAUAUGGAUGGGAUUCAGCAUGUUCUGCGAUCUCACCAUCACCCUCUCCAUGAUCACCCUCUUAUACAACGCACUGAGGGAGGCCAUCUUCCGCAGGACGCGCCGCACGCUCGCGCACAUCCUCGCGUUCACGCUCGAGACCGGGCUGCUCACCACGCUCCUCAUCGCGGUCCAGAUGGCGCUCAUGCUCGAGCCGCUCGCUGCCCACGCGGACGGCGGCUCCGAGCGCCGCUGGCGGUGCAUCUUCUUCUACCCAACGGGCGCAGUGUACGCGUCCUGGGUUCUCGCGUCGCUCAAUGCCCGGUCGGCAUUCGCGCGCGGCGACACGUUCAUCGUGAGCUCCGUCUCGGGCCUUCCGACCACCUGCCCAGGCGACGCGCACGCUGAGUCCUGUACGACACAGCAGACCAAAUUGGCUGCAAAGGAUGCCGUGGUGGAGAAGCCAAGAGCUGCGGCGCCUGGUGAAAAGCGGGGCUAA